AUGGGCUCAACUCUAUCUGCUCCAGUCGUCGACAAAUCUUAUGCGACUGGUGAAGACGCUGACUUUGUUUACGCCGUUUCUGAAAUGCAAGGAUGGCGGAUAAGCAUGGAAGACGCCCACACCGCCGUCCUCGAUUUAAACAGGGCGCAUGACUCCCACGCCCCAGAAGUUGAGGAUCCUUCCAACGCAAAAUCUUUUGAAACCAAAGAAUCAAACAAAGAAAUUUCAAAGAAGCCUGCAUUCUUCGCCGUAUAUGAUGGUCACGGUGGCUCAAACGUUGCUAGAUACACUGGUGCCACUCUCUACGCUAGAUUAGCCAGGUCUGCCGAGUUCAAGUCUGGUGACUGGCACGCUGCUCUUAUUAACAGCUAUCUCAAUACUGACGAAGCCAUCAAAGCAAGCCCUGAACUUUCAUCUGAUCCUUCUGGUUGUACUGCCGUCAGCGUACUCAUCACUCCACCUGAGCCUUCAGCUAUAAAUUCAAAAGUCAACGCCAGAAGAAUCAUUUGUGCAAAUGCUGGUGAUUCUAGAGCCGUCCUCUCCCUAGCUGGUCAACAUUUCUCUCUCUCGUUCGAUCACAAACCUCAAAACGAUUUGGAGUCCGAUAGAAUCGUUAAAGCAGGCGGUUUUGUUGAAAUCGGUAGAGUUAAUGGUAAUCUUGCACUCUCACGUGCCAUUGGUGACUUCGAAUUUAAACAAAACACAGAUUUGGGCCCUGAAUCUCAAAUCGUCACUGCUGUACCUGAUAUCAUCGAACACGAAUGCACAGGUGAAGAAGAAUUCCUCAUUCUCGCAUGUGACGGUAUUUGGGAUUGUUUAAGCUCACAACAAGUUAUUGACGUUACAAGAAGAGCCAUCGCGAAUGGUGAUGAACUCAAGGAUAUCUGCGCACACAUUAUGGAUAAAUGCUUAGCUCCUGACUCUGAAUUAGGUGGUAUUGGCUGUGACAACAUGACGAUCACCAUUGUUGCAAUCCUCGGUGAUCGUUCUCAAGAGGAGUGGAGGAAGUGGGUCAAGGAUAGAGUGGAAAACAACAUUGGUCACAAAACUCCUGAAUCUGUUGCUGAUAUCUUUGAAAAAACUCAACUCCCAGUCGAAUCAAGUGAACAAAGUGGUGGUGGAUUCGAUGCUAAUAGAUUUGGUAACUCUCCAUUAUCUAUACUUUCAAAUAUGGCUGGUGCAUCUGGCUCAUCCCUCCAAGAAGCUUUGGAAAGUGGUGGAAUAGUAUUUCAACCGUCAGGAUCAGUCACAAACAAAGAUGGUCAAUUAGUUUACGCUUCUUUGUCCGAUGAUAGUGAAUCAGACGAUGAGUCAAACGAACAGCAUUCCCAGAAGAUUGUACCAAUAAAGGAUGGAGAAGAACGUCAAAUUGACGCCUCGGGUGGUUUGACUGAUACUUCAGAUGAUCCAAUAAAGUCGAUGAACCUCGCUGAAAAUCAGAGUGAGAAGAAGGAGGACAAAUAA